AUGAUGCUGAAAGCGCCCAUCGACACUCGGGUUUCGGCCCCAAUGCAGCUUAUUGUCGUUAUCGCUAGCUAUGUUAUCUGGGUCUCCUUACUCAUUUACGGACUUUUUCUCCGGAAGAAGGAGAGUACGUGGUUUUAUGUCACUAUUGCGCUUGCCGCGGGUCUCGGUGGUAUAUUUGAGCCAAUCUACGACAAUGCGCUGAUGCUCUACUUCUACGGCCCCGGCCAGUGGACAGCUUUCACCUCGAUGGGCGUACCGCAGCCCGUAUGGGUUUAUAGCGGCUACGCGACUCUCUACGGCACCGUCUCUGUCUUUCUCAAUCGCCAAAUUACCAGCGGCAUCACACGUCGAUGUUUCUUUCGAUACGCCGCCAUAGAGCUCGCCAGCUCAUGUCUCUUCGAGAUAGUCGUUAUCAACGGUGGUGUGUACGAGUAUUGGGGUCCCCAUGUGCUUCGCAUCUUCAAAUAUCCCAUCGUCAUUGGCAUUCUAGAGACCGUCCAGGUCAUGUUUUACAGUGUCGCCGUCGCCAGCCUGCGUGCUAGGAGCGAUCGUACGGUGUACCAUCUCAUUGGCGCAUUCCUCAUAUUUCCGAUAACUUUCAUGGCCGCAAACAUCGGCGUUGGCGCGCCUCUCAUCAUCAGUCUCCAUUCUUCUAUUCAAUCUGAGGCCUUGGUCACCUUGGGGACGAUGGCGUCCAUUCUGGGCUCCGUGGUCGCCAUCAUGGCUCUCCCAACCAUGAUCCCUGGAAUUGAGGGGGAACUGUUUCUGGUCUACCGUGGCGCCCCUGCGGCAGAAGCCACAGCAACGCUGACCGGUGACUUUGCUAAUGCAGCAUUGGCGGGCAUUCAGCUCGCCGCUCGAAAACGGGUGCUCACCGAGCGGAGUGGCGGCGGCAAUGGCGGCGAACGCAGCAACUAA